AUGUCGACAAUGUUAUACACGCGCAACCGCGACUUCCUCGCCGUCACCCUGUACGCGCACCUGGGCUUGCUCCUAGCCUUCACGCCACCAAACCCAUCAACCCGACUCCUGGCCACUAUCGCCCUCGUCGCGCAUGGAAUCUGCGCCUACGUGCACGCAGCACCACCAGACGAGGUGACGUACGUGUCCAACGCGCUCAUGAUCGGUAUCAACGUGGUCAUAUACGGCAGCCACUUCCUGUACCUGACGCUGCGAAGCCCGCCGCCGUCGGCCGUGACGCUGCGCCAGAAGGCGAAUUGGUGCGUAAAGCUGCUCUCGAGCCCGCGCGACCCCCGCCACCAGCCGCCUUUUUCGCGGCGCGACCCGGCGUACGUGCCGUCCCGUGGGCGGUUUGUCGUUUCGCAACUGCUCAAGAUCUUGUUCUGCGCUGUGCUGGAGGAGCUGUUCGACUCGCUGAACGAGCGCUUCGAUGCAAGCUUGCUCCCCGGCGACUACAGUCCGGCGAAAACCGUAUUCGUCCGCCGCGUGCUGCUCGGCGCGCCGUGGCAGUGGCGCGAGGUCUGGAUACGCGCUUGGUUCCCGCUCGUGUUCGUCAUUCCUCAAUACGCGUUCAAGACCACGGAAUACUGCUACUUUUCGCUGAUCGCCAUCUUCGUGUUUGGGGACGAUCACAGGGACUGGCGGCCGCUGUUCGGGGAUCUGCGGGAUACUUAUACGCUGCGCCGUUUCUGGGGGAACUUCGAGCCCCAGUAUAUCCGUCAGGCAUAUGUCUCCCAUGCGAAAGCAUUCACGAACUUGGUGCUCGGCAUCCGCAGUGCGCGGCUGAAACGGAUGACUAUCACCGCUCUAGUAUUCAGUAUGACGACUGCGGUGUACGCGCUGAUCAGCUUCAAGGAGGGGGGCUCGGUGACCUCGAUGGUGCGGCAGUGGGCCCGGAUAGUAGCUGGGAUCGUUUUCGAAGACACGGUUCAGAUGUGCUUCAGAUGGGCUAUGCCAACUUCAGCGCGAGGAGCGACUCCAUGGUGGGCUCGCCUCGUUGGGUACGUCUGGGUCUAUUUCUUCUUUUCGUGGUCGUUGGCAAAGGUCUGGUUCCCGGUAGACGAACGGCUACAUUGA